AUGGCUGCGCUUCCUCGGGAGGGCGAGUUGGACGCCGGCGCCCUCCUCCCUGAUGCUAGCUGCCUUGGGAAGGAGAGUAGGAUGCCGAACUCGUCCCCUACGCCACCAGCUAACUUGGGAGGGAGAGAGGAACGCGCCGCCUGCACCAGAGCGGCCAAGGAGGGAGCAGAGGGAGGGAGAAGAGGGCGCCCAUGGCUGCGCUUCCUCAAGAGGGCGAGUUGGACUCUGGCGCCCUCCUGCCCACCGCGCGUCGCCGCUAGCCGCCCGCAGCCCAUGGCCGCUCGCGGCCCACCGCCACUGGCCGCUCGCCGUUCGCGCCGCCCGCCCGGCGCGCGUGGCCGCGCUGUCGCCCGCGCGUUGCCGCGCCGCCCGCGAGCGGUUCCCCACCGCGCGUCGCCGCUCGCCGCCCGCCCGGCACGGGUAUCCGCGCCGUCGCCCGCCGUCCCGCGCGUCGCUGCGCCGCCCGCGGCCCUUCCACCCGCACGUCGCCGCGCCGCCCGCGAGCGGUCGCCCCCAUGGAGCUGGGUGACGGGGAGAAGAUAA